UCAUGAUUUUAAAAAACAGCACGUAAUCAAUGCAAUAAACAAAUGAAUUCUUCUUUAAAGCGAGAAACUUCACUAUAAUGUUGCACAGGUUCAUGUAUUGGAUUCAUAAUUAGACGUAUCGUGCAUAAAUACAGUAAUUUACUUUGACACAGUGUAAAUAUUGUGAAUUAAAGUCAAGAAGUGCUGAUUGAAAAUAUUUGAUUCUGACAUAAAAUCUGUAUUAUCAAUUAAUGAAUUAAUCCCAUUGUGCAGAGUACUUAUAAGUUAUCAGGUCAGUUUGGAGACUAGGGUCUGAGUGGCGGCCAUAGAGAAGACAUUUUACAUCUAAAAUCCCUCAAACCUCAUAAAUGUCAACAUUGUUGAAGCCAUGUUAGAUAUAGUUGCAGUUCGUCACGUUUGCACUGCACAGUCAUUUACUUUGACGCCACAUUUUCUUUAUGGCAGAACAUUCACGUAACUGCGUCACAAAACAGGACGUGCUGUGUAACUGUAACUGGAGACCUUUUAGGUGAUACAAUAUAAAAGUCCAAAACAUUUACUUUACUGAAAUCACCAUAAAAGUUCUAGGAUUUGAUUUGUUUAAGAGGGUAAUCAAAAAAACACCAGUACGCAAAGUACUACACACUUAAAUGAAUAAACAGCCUUCUUAAAUGUCAUUCAAAACAUCCACACUAAUGAUGUGAAGGGAAAUGAUUAAUUCACAAUCACUCAAAUCCGGGAUCCAAUACAUUAACCUGUGCACAUUAUACUGAGUUUUUCCUAAUUGGCCCCAUGUGGGUGUCGUCUUAGCACAUUUUGCCAGUUGGGGAUAGUAGCUGUCAAUCACAUAGCAUCUUUAUAAGUAGCUGCAGAGGCUGCAUCACAGUAGCUCGGCAUGAGGCAGGGGACAGGCAGGAGCUCCACUCUGAUCACUGAUUGUCAUUCAAAAACUUCCCUGAUGCAAUUGUUUUAACUGCUUUUGAGCCCAAGACAUAUUUCCAAGUCUUUUUCAAGAUCAAAUCUAAUUUGGAAGAUAUUCUACCCAGAACUCCUUGUUUUGUCCUUGAGGCUAUCUUUGACUUUUACAGAUUGUUUUCUCUGUCUUUCUGGAAACGAUGGAUAAGCUGAGCGGGAACAAUGCGACCACGGUGAACAGCUCACUAGACAAGUGGCCGUUCAAUGAACUGGGGUCUUUCCACCACUGGGACUCCGGUGAGCUCAAAGUCCUGGUGCCGGCCAUUCUGGGAGUCAUCUGUGUGCUGGGUGUGGCUUGUAAUCUCACCGCAAUGGUCAUCCUGUUCUCAAACGCUCACAGGGGCAAACUAUCUCUGAUCAACUCCCUCGUCUUCAACCUGAUGUUUGCCGACGGGCUCCUGCUGAUGUUCACAGUGCCUUUCAGGGCUGCGUCCUACUCCAAGGCCAGCUGGAAUCUGGGCUGGGUGGUGUGCAAGACGGCCGACUGGUUCCUCCAGUCCUGCAUGGCAGCAAAGAGCCUCACAGUGGCCAUCAUGGCCAAAGCCUGCUGCCGCUACGUGUCCAACCCCACCAAGCAGGUGAGCAUCCACCUGGGCUCCAUCCUGGUGGUGCUGUUCUUCAUCUGGUUGUCCGCCUGCUCCGUCACCAUCCCUCUCUGGUUGUUUGCAAAGCUGCAGAGAGGGAUCCGUGGACUGGUGUGUAUUCUGAGGGUUCCCCCUGAAGCCCAGGAUUUCAUGUCUGUGUAUGUCAAAGCUUACCCUCUGGGGGUCUACUGCGCUCCUCUCAGCUUUGCUCUGAUGUACUUCUGGAAGGCGUACGGCCAAUGCCAGCGCCGCUCCAGUAAGACUCAGAACCUGCGGGCGCAGAUCCGAUCAAGAAGGCUCACUUUAAUGCUUUUCAGCCUCACCGUCGCCAUGGCUAUCCUCUGGCUUCCUCAGUGGGUGGUGUGGGUGUGGGAGCGUCACAUAGCAGAGAAAGAAAUUGAAGGAGCUCAGCCUCUGGUCUCCUCUCCUCCCCUUUUCCUCACCUUGUCUGCCCAGCUGCUCACCUUCUCUCUGUCACUGGUGAACCCUCUCAUAGUCCUCUUUCUGUCUGAGGAGUUCAGAGAGGGUUACAGGGGGCUGUGGAGGCGACUCACCAUGCGCAAGCAGCCUCCCCCGAAGCCAAAGCCCGGACCCCACAAUCCUACCUCUCUCCAGUCUCCUUGUCCCAGACCAGCUUUCUCAGGGCACCUGAGUUGGGAGAGAAACGUUCAGUUCAGCUCCAGCUCCAGCCAGCAGGAACCCAGCAGGGAGGCUCCACCCCAACCAGAGGAAGGGAGAGAAGCGGACGGGGCCAGCCUUAAAGAUGGCUUUGUCCUGCCUGAUGUGGAGCAGUUCUGGCACGAGAGGGAGACUGGAUCGCACACAGACGAAAAUGAUCCGAUCCCAUGGGAGCAUCAGACCGACGAGGGGAAGCAAUAAAACGGCUGAUCGUCAACAGACCUCUGCUGAGCGGACUGCUGAGUGUUAGAGUGUAAACUAGCAGUAUUCUGUCAUCUGUGUUUGUGAUGUUAUUCAAAGGUAAGAAGUGCCAUCAGGGUGAAUGUGCAGCAGCAUCUGUAGACAUCCCAAUCUUCUGUGAUAAUCUUGUUCUUUGAUGAAGCAGAAUAGAGUAUAAUUACUGUGAGGUGAUUAUUGGUGGCUGGAAAUCAAGACUUCUUGUAGUAAAAUGCAGAAUAUGGUGUAGUAUUUUUCUACUCAGAUUUAAUGUGCUGUAAUGAACCAAAAGAAAGAAUAGCGGAUUAUAGUUUUUUAGCAUUUAAAACAUAGAAUUAUAUUGACAAAAGUUUUUGCACUUGUAAAAUGAUUGUUUAAUAAAGUGAUGUGGAGUUCAGCAGUGUUUCCAAAUGUCAGUGUUAAGUGCUGGAGAGAAUAUUUAGUAAAUCAA